AUGACUUCUGCCAGUCUUUUUCAAUCUAUUCUUCCUUUUUGGAGUAAUUCCUACAGGUCUAAAAAGUCUCGCUUCAAAUAUUCUCGAUUACUUACUCUCGAGAUACGACUCUUGGAACUACAGCCUGGCUUACCCGAAGACCCCCUCGCAGGCACCAUUUUACAGAGAGAAUUGGCCCCCGGAAAUCGCAAGAUACCAGAUUAUGAGGCUUUGUCCUACUGCUGGGGCGACCAGUCUCAUCCCCAGACUAUCAGCCUUGCCGCCGAGCACCACUCACACGGGGCGCAUUCAAAAACUCCCACAAAGUCACAGUGUCUUGAGAUCGGACCAAAUCUCGCCUCCGCUUUAAAGUCUCUGCGAUACCAUGAUCGGAGUCGCAUUCUCUGGUGCGAUUCAAUCUGCAUCAACCAGAGAAAUCUUGCCGAACGAUCUUCCCAGGUUCAACGAAUGGGAGAUGUGUAUCGGUGGGCCAAGAGAGUUGUUAUCUGGCUGGGUCCUGAAACGUCCUGGAGUCGUACAAUCAUGGAGGCUCUACGUGGGCUAGCAAACCAAGUACCGCAAACAAUCGAUAUAACACGCGACUGGCACAGAAUAGGUCAAGUUCUUGGCGUGAACAGAACAGGGCCUAUUCCAACCACUCAUGAUCAAUUGCUUGCGUAUGAGCAGCUAUUAGACAUAGAUUGGCACCGAAGGCUUUGGACAUUUCAAGAAAUAGCAUUCGCCAACCAAGAAACGUCAAUUGUGAGGUUUGGCGGUGAGGAAAUGCUAUGGAAUAUGUACAAGAAUUCUGUCAUGUUCAUGUCCUUGCAAGUUGACAACGUUUCGCCCGCCUGCGUAAAGAACGUUCAGGUAUUCACGGCCAAGUUUAUGGCUGGUAAUAUGUUUGGUAUGGGUGAUAGUCAUGAGUGGGUUGGUUUUCUCCAUUUGACCAACCGCUACGAAUGCACAGAUAUUCGAGACAGGUUAUAUGCAAUCCGGGGGUUCUUGAGAACGGACGUUGCUCAAUCGAUUCGAGUGGACUACAGGAAGUCUGCCAAGCAGAUAUUGGCUUCAGCUUGUGUUUCUCAUAUAAACCGCAAUGGGACUCUGCAGUUCCUGGAGUUGUGCAAUUCGGAUACAAAACCAACCUGGACAGCAGACCUUGGAAAGCAGUUGCACACGCUGAGUCUUACCAGUAGCGCCAGUGGAAAGUCAGCUGCUUCUGCUGUUCUCGUCAAGUCUGGUGUUUUGGAGGUGGCGGGAGUGUCUUGUGAUGAGAUAUGCAGCACCCCAAUUGUUCUCCCCUACAAACGUUUCGAUCAGCCCGAGGAAGAGUAUAUGCUCUUGCUUAUUCAAUUCCUACAAUGUCUUACGGGAAAUGAAGACUUUUACAACGAUGACGAAUGCCUCAAUGAGCUAAUCAACAUGCUCAAGUUUGGGUUACUCUGGGAUCACGACAUAGCCUUCACCAAAUCUCGUCCAGAAGCGGCCGCAAAGGCCAACGGAGAAAGGCUCACCGAGCGAUGGCUACCCGACAAUACAAAGAUUCGUGGCGUCAAUCUUGGCUCGCAGUUCAUCAUUGAACGAUGGAUGGCUGAAGAGUCAUGGAAAAGCAUGGGCUGUAGUGCUUACAACGACGAAUGGGCAUGCGUCGAGGGUAUCGGCCAAGCCAAAGCCAACGCUGCCUUUAAAAAGCACUGGGAGACCUGGAUCACCGAGGCUGAUAUAAAGGAGAUUGCCAGUCUUGGUCUCAAUGCCGUUCGAAUUCCUGUAGGAUACUGGAUGUACGAAGACAUUAUCCAAGAUGGCGAAUACUGGCCUCGUGGUGGUAUCUGGCAUCUUGACCGGAUCUCCGUGCCAGAUCCUGGGUUCUAUACUCCGGAGAACUACGAGCGUGCUUACCGUUUCCUCGAGUGGAUGACGAAGCGCAUCCACACUAAUGGCAACUACACCACUGUUGGAAUGCUAGAGGUUUUGAACGAGCCUGUGCAUGUACCAAAGUGGAAGGACGAGGCAGCAGAUAUGAUCAAGAACUACUAUCCCAACGCAUACAAGCGCAUCACAGCUAUGGAGGGCUACCUUAAGGUUGCUAGCUCUGACCGUUUACACAUUCAAUUCAUGGGCAAGUCUUGGGGAUCAGGAGACCCAAGAACCUAUCUCCCAGAUGACGAACACAUAUUCUUCGAUGCACACAGAUACCUGAGCUUCGACAAUAGAAUUGCAGGUAACAAAAAAGCCUACAUACAAACUGCCUGCAAUGACGACAUGGGAAGACAUGUCUUUGUUGGUGAAUGGUCUCUGUCGGUCAACAGUACUUUGAAGAAUACCGAUGAAUUCAAGGUUGAUGGGCAAGAAACAUGGUACAAAGCGUAUUGGGCUGCACAGGCAGAGUCUUUUGAGAAGGGUGAUGGAUGGUUCUUUUGGUCUUGGAAGUGUGACGGUAAACUGGGUAAGCAAGACUGGCGAUGGUGUUACCAGUCUGCGGUUGCCGCUGGGGUUAUCCCCAAAGAUGCUGGCAGUGCUGCGAAAUUGAGCCCUUGUGAUAGAUAUACUCGAUAA